CGACCCCCCCGAGGGACCCGCGGGCCGGGACCCCCCCCCCCGGGCCAUGGCGGGGAGCGGCGGGGCCGGGGCGGCCCCCCGGGAGCACCGCCUGCAGCCCGGGGACACCCUGCCGGGGCUGGCGCUGCGCUACGGGGUCACGAUGGAGCAGAUCCAACGUGCCAACCGCCUCUACACGUCGGACACCAUCUUCCUGAAGCCCACCCUGCUCAUCCCGGCGGGAUCCCAGUCCCAGCCCCUCCAGGGGGACGAGCCCCAGGACAUUCCCGACCCCCCGGAGCCCCCGGUCCCGUCCCGGCACGACCUGUCGGCCAUGGAAUUCCUGCGGCACCUGGACACCGAGAUCGGCCGCUCCAAGGCGGCCGCGGCGCAGCAGAUCCGGCACCGGCGCUCCGGCCCCGGUGAUUCCGGAGCAUCCCAGAGGAUCCCAGAGAGUCCCUCAUCCCCCCGGGAAGGGCCCCGGCUGGGCCCACGACCCCUCACCAGGACCCCCCGGGCGGCCGCGCUGCGGGACACAGAGGACGAGAUCUUCACCUUGUGACACUGGGAACGCUGGGAAUGGGACACAUCUGCUCCUGGUGACACUGGGAACGCUGGGAAUGGGACACAUCUGCUCCUGGUGACACUGGGAACGCUGGGAAUGGGACAGAUCUGCACCUGGUGACACUGGGAACGCUGGGAAUGGGACAGAUCUGCACCUGGUGACACUGGGAAUGCUGGGAAUGGGACAGAUCUGCUCCUGGUGACACUGGGAAUGCUGGGAAUGGGACAGAUCUGCACCUGGUGACACUGGGAAUGCUGGGAAUGGGACAGAUCUGCACCUGGUGACACUGGGAAUGCUGGGAAUGGGACAGAAGGGACACUGGGACAGCAGGGACACCGGGAUGUGACACUGAGGACACCUGAGAUGUGGCACCAGGAAAACCUGAGAUGUGGCACUGGGGACACUGGGAAUGGGACGUCAGGGACACCAGGAUGUGACACUGAGGACACCUGGGAUGGGACACUGGGGACACCCGGGGUGUCCCAUUCCUGCCAGGAGAGGCUGGAAUUGGUCCUUGAGGGGAAUCCAAAGGUCCUGGGACAGCAUGGACACAGAACUGGGAACACUUCCCAUCCCAUUCCCACAUCCCUCCCACCAGCUCCAGGAGCUCCAGGAUCCCCUUCUCCCAAAUCCCAGCGCCAGGAGAGGCUGGAAUUGGGCACUUUCCUAGUCCUUGAAGAGAAUCCAAAGGUCCUGGGACAGCAGGAGCCGGGUGGACACUUCCCACCCCAUUCCCACACCCCUCCCACCAGCUCCAGGAUUCCCUUUAUCCCCAAAUCCCAGGGGGGCAGGAAUUUGGGCCCCGCUUUGGCCUUUUCCUUGGAAAAUAAAUUAAUAAAUUAACACACACCCCCUCAGGAAAACCUUUUCCUGAGGAAAAAGAAGGAAAACUAAACGGGAUUUUCCACCUUCCAACAACA